AUGACUCCGGGCAGACGUCUGGAAAGCGGAGGACACGGGUGGACAAAAGGUGGAACUAUGAAAGAUGCACAGAGCGGACCGAGGAGCAGAGAGAGGCAAGUACUACAAAGAGCAACAGGAGGUGGUAGAAUGCGGGAAGAUGUCGGGAGUUACCCCCUUGGAAUGAGUGCCAGAUGUGCGAGGCCCGCGCGCCAAUUGUUUUCGCCGUCACCUUCAUACUCGCUUCACUUUCUUCUCCUUCUUCUUCUUAUCGGCCCUCUUUCACUGUGUAGUAACGUAACUCGAGAUGUCUCGCCUCGAUCACCUGCUUCCUCACAUUCGGCUGCCUCUCCCACUUCAACGCCAUCGAAACCGCCGUCCCCUCCCUGCUUUUCUACACUUUUUAAUCUUUGGUUCGGAUCUUCCUCUCUUUCUUAUUCCUCUUUCCGGACAUUCGUUUCUUUCUCUUUCCACGGUCCCUCCCAGCGUCUCUCUCUCCUCCCAUACCUUGCGCCUGAGCCUUCCACCCUCGGAUUGUCGAAGGCUCCUCACCCAUCCAAUAUUCUCGCACUCGUCUUCGAGUUCUCUGUGUUUCCUUUUCUUCGCUUCCUCUUUGGCUUUCGCUCUGCAACUGUUUCGUCCUCUGCCCCCCUCGUUUUCGGUGACUGUGUGUCGCUCUUCCGCCGUAUGAAAGAACGGCUCAGGCGUCGACAACCCACUCAACCCAGCGAGGCAAAUCUUGCCCAAGCGUUGACAGACGAGUAUGAUGAAGCGGGAGAACAGCAGCCCUGGCUCGAUGCUCAACUGCAUCUAGAAAGUGAUCCAUACAGCUAUACGGAUCCAGAUGAGGAUUUCGACGCCGAAUAUUACCAAGAGGAGUAUCCUUAUACAGAGGCCAGGUUGCCGGCUGUUCCCAGUCAGCGUCCCGCUGAGCUUAGACGAACGCCGGCAGAAAUAGCAACUUUCUUUCCUGGUGAACGUCCUCCGCCAGAGCCUUCAACGAAUUCUCCUGAAUAUCCAGGAAUUAUUCCGGUGAUGCCUCACGCAAGUCACCCUGCUCCACAAGUGCAGAUCCACCACGAUACACCCCGCAGUGUGGGCACCUCCGCUCCUACCCAAGAGGUCGUGGAGCAUCCGAAAUCAGAGCCGACAGAAACGCACAACUGGGGCAUUUGCUUGCCUACUCACCACACCGUCUUCUCAUCCUUCGCAACGAAGUACCACGUCAAUGUCGCCGAUACCUCUCCAGAGGACCUAGGGGCGUUUCGACUGGCUGUAUGUGCUUACGAGUACCUGCGUGCUUCGGUAACUUUGUGGGAUAUUUUCGUCAAAGGGACAGCAUCGACGUCGAACCCCUUCUUUCUCUCUUAUUCCGACUUUAAGGCAUUGUUACGCCCCAAUGCACCUCGUCCAACAUCGGGACAAGAACCACGAGAAAAUCGACUUUUCCUUCCCGCCCAAGAUGGUGCAGUCGUUUUGCCAGUUGUUCGACAUGUUCUAGAGAAGUAUGAGCAUCUAUCCAGUGAAGGAGUUCAGAGGAUGGUCUACAAACUCGUCAAGUUUCUGAACAAGAAAGCGUUCUUCCUUCUGCCCUCUGUCAUCGUUCGCGUCGCCGAUUGGAUGCCCGUUUUCGACGGAAUGGCCUUGGCGAGCGAGGAGACCAAAACCCGCUACAAAGAAUUUCUCAGCCGCUACACCUAUCGAGCGAUUGACUCUACGAAUCCGAGUUCUCCUCUCUACGCGGCAGAUUCGGAGUUCCUGAAAAGACAUGCAAAUAACCUCAUUCCGACUUAUGCCGACCCAACAACACCUCGUGAAGCCUCGUGGCUCCACUGCAUGCUUCAAGAGGCUUCAGCUCCAGCUCACGCGUGGACCCCGGAACCGGAUUUUAUGAACCACUUCCUGCUGGUGAAGCACGCCCAUGAGGACAUUCGCAUGACGACCGUGUGGAUAAAGAGACUUUCAAAGCAUCCACCGCCCAAAACUUCUACUCCGUCGAAUGCCUCUCCACAGGCUUUCCCUGCUGUCUCCCCUCCCGGUGGGCAGCCACAAGCAGACCGUUUGCAGCCUGAGAAAGAAGGGGGAAGUUUGGCUCAAAGGGGGGACUCGGUACUCUCUAAACCCAUGUCUGUGCAGGCGUCACGCGCCCACCAGCGGGACGCCUCAGGGGCAGACAGUGAGGCGGCUAAAGUGGAACAUGAAUCCGCAGCCCACACUGACAAAUCUGGGAAGCAACCCCACACAUGCCCCUACCGCGAGAACCUUCCUCAAACUCCGGAGGAACAGCGUGCGCUUUUCCGCGAAUUCGCUGAGACCUUCAAGUCUCUUGAUGAUGACAAAAGACAGACAAGAGAGACGGUGGUUUUCAGUGCUGCGCGGCUUAUUCGGGCGAUUCAGGCAGCCCAAAUCGGACAAGCUUACGGCGACACUUGUGAUCUGACUGUUGCCUUGAUGCACGCGGGACAGGGGGCGGGAGCUGCGAAUGCGAUGGCCGACUAUUUGGACCAAGUCGAAGAAACCCUGAAGGAGAUAAGCGUUGCAGAGAGAGAGCUGCAGCGUCUUUCAAGCGAGUACAAGAACCUGGUCGCGGACGAAGAGCGCAAACAAGCCGCAGCGCGGAAGCACAAGAAACAGGAGGCAUCACAUCCCCGGCAUUCUGAAACGCCUUCAUUUGGUCACGAGCCCUCUGGUCAUCAUCCUUCUUCUUUCAUGUUCAUUUCCGCUUCCGCACCAGCUUCAACGUCUGCUUUGUCUGCCCCUCCCUCGUCGUCUCUUUCCCACCAUUCGUCAUCCUCACCCUCUGCUGCGUCUAAGUCACCUGUCUCCUUCGUCCAUCGUUAUGAGCAAUCCUCUCUGGAUGCCUCCAUAGAUUCGUGGGGAGACAAUUCCCCUUUCGUGUCGUUUGCACCCUCUGUUCCCUCUUCGUCUGCCUUUUCCACGUCUGCUCUUCCGCCUUCUUCAUUCGCCUCUGUGUAUUCUUCUUCUCCGUCUCGUGCGCUUUUUCCGGUUGCCUCUUCGCGACACUAUUUUACCCUUUCAACCUUUCAACCUGCAGCUUCUCCGGGAUCUUCAUCAUGGUCCGUGACCCCCUCCGGCUCUUCCUUUCCUUAUUCUUUUCUCCUUGUGCAUGCUGAUCGCGAGGCUUCGGAUUCCACCUCCGCAUCGAAACAGCCGAAGCGUCGUGCCUCGAAAAAGGCGAAAACACAAAUGCGGAAAAUGCAGAACAAGCAGAGAUCGUCUCUAUACAAUGUCGUGGAGAAGGGAGCCGACUAUCUUCUGUAUCUCCAGCAGGCUGAUGGCGUUGAUCUUCCCACGAUGCACAGGAUCGUUGCGUGCAAAAAUGAAAAUAGUGACCAGCCACUCGAUCCGGCAUUCCAAGAAGCUAUCUUUCAACGUAUCAGAGAACGAUUUCGGCAAGGCGAAGAGAGACAAAAACUAGAAAGUCUAAAGGAGUUGAGGCUUUCGUUAGUCCGCAGUUUACAGCACGUACCUUUGUCGAGGCAGACAAAAGCAGACUACGAAACUGUCGAGAAAGCAUGCGAAAACACGGCGACGGCGAUUUCUGGUCAAGGCUUUUACUCUCUCUCCUUUGCUGAUCGGCAACGGCUUUUACGCCAUCGAUUUACAGGAUCUCGAAGAGCGCCUCUAAGUGAGGAUGAGGCGGAUCGCUUAAAGUUGCCUCUCAAGAUUAUUCCCCGUCUCGCACAUGCAAUCGACAAGGAGGAAGCUGAUGGCUUUACCCGCCUUUUUCGGGACAUCUAUAGACGCCUCGGGACCCAUAUACAUGCUCUCGCAGAAGACCGGACAGUUGGUGAAGGGAAACCACAUGUGGAUUCGAAAGCUCUCACAGAAAUUGAGAAUUCCAUCCGGAGUCUUGAAAGCGAAAAGACCGCGGCCCUCGCUCGCCACAUUGUGAAAGAGGCUGAGCAAAGUAUUUCUCUCCCACCCGACACGGCGGCCUGGCUUGCGUACAUUGGCCUGCGUAGCCAGUUGGCUGAUUUGCUUCAAAAGUUUCUAAGACUCCCUCAAGUCAAAGCGCAGAAGAAAGAUUCAGCCCAUCAGAGCUUGUCUCGAGAAGUGGCGAGAGUUUUAACACACGCAUGUAUUGGAAAAGCCAAAGUUGGAAGAAUUCUCGCAGCUAUGGAGCAAGACCCUUCAGUGCAUGAAAUCUUGAGGCAACAGAAAGGAAUCGAAUUAUCUCUUCUACUCUUCAAGCGACAUGUGGCUCGAUCAGCACGGCCGUUGGAUCCGUUAGAGGCAAAAAAAUGUAAAGAGCAACAUCCGCAUUUGGGAAUGCUCUCUGACGCAAUGCGUGACGAACGGAGACGCCGGAGCAAUGAACAUGUGCCUCGCCCAUGUCCGGCAACUCCCCAAGAAGAUCGCGUUCUCGUCAAGAUGGAGAACCAGCUUGCUGCCAGCGUCGCUAGGCAUGCAUUUGACAAAAUGCCAAAGGCGGCGAUUGAGAUGUUACUCGAGAACUUAGAGGUGGAACAUUAUCAAGAAGCCGUCGACGGCCUCAUUCGCGCAUUGUCUGACCGUUACGCCGCCCAUGUAGCUCGGCAAGGGGAGCAGAUUGACUUAGGGCGCAAGAAGCGGAAAAAUCAAAACGAUUCACGGACAUUCACGGCUUACAAAAAGCUGGAAACUUGGAUUCGAUCUCGCAUCCCCGAUAGUCUGCAGGUUGCCGCUUUGAGGAGUCUGGAACCCCAUAUCCGGCACAAAGCUGCUUCGUUUCUUUUAAUCAGUCGCUUGCUGCCGUUGUCGAGGCAAUGGCUGAGCCUGGACGAUCGGAUCUUCUCUGCAGCUGGGGUCACUUUUCUCUCGGUGUUUCGCGAUCAGCAAGCAGCUUUCAGUGGAUCCAUCUAUUCAACCUUAGUCAUGCGUUUUCCUCUGUUUUCCCCCCAACGCGCGUGGCUCCUCUACGGCUAUGGAUGGUACCUGCUUUCGGCGCAUGUUCCAGAAGCGGAGAAACAGGCCCUGAAGACAGAGGUAGCAGAGCGCAUUUUCUCGCUGAAACGCGCUCUGAGUCUAGAUGAAGCCAAGGCGAGAGAGCAGCCUCACAGCGGGAAGAGAAAACGAAGGAAAUCGAAGAAUGCGGAGACGCAAGUCGCGAGCAGGCAGGCAGAGGAUGAGAAGAAGGCUCUAGAAGAGCUCAAAGGCUCCGAAGAACUGUUCAAAAUACUGUUUGCCACCAGUGCAGAAUCCCUAGCCUCCACGCUUCCCUCAUACAAGUGCCGGCGGCUGUUUUCUUUCUCAACCUUCUUCACUUUCUAUCAAAGCCGAGUCCACAGCCUUCAGCAGAUGCUUAUAAGCGGAGGGCAGGCGGAGUCAACGAAGACUGGAGGCCAGGAACAAAUGUCGAACAUAAAGCAAUGGAUGAAAGAACAGAAAACUGUAGUAAAGGAGGCUGCCACACUCUCGCGUGUCUUCGCGGCAGGACUUUUUGUCGAGUCUUUCUGGCCGGAAGUUCUAAAUCGGGCCUUGCACGAGUAUCCGUUCGACGAGAAGAAUAGAGCAGAAGCUGCUGAAAGGCUCUAUCAUUUUCUCCUCGCGAUCUACAGAGAAGAGUUUUCUUCGAACAGCGGCGACGUCCAUGGGACCGCUGGUGCAAAGCUGUAUCGUCUGGCUCUGCGCUACUCAACCGCGCCCGACCAGCAGAAUCUCGUCAGUGCAGCAGUUCGCGUAUUGAAGGAAGCGAAGCUGGAGAUAAACGAAAUGAAAGAUUUCUUUGUCGGUCAGCACGCGUUUCUGGAUGCAGUCGCGCAUGCAAUCAAUGGCCAAGUCACCGGUGCACGCCAACUCUUGAAUAUCCGCGAUAAAAUGCUUCACGAUGCAGCGGCAGGACUGCUUUCGUCACCUGGUGAAGCAACCCAUGCCCUUCGUGCGGCUCUCGAUGCCGCGGGUCUUCAGUUGACAGCAAAAAGCCAGAGAGCGCUCGCCAGGCUUCCCCAUUAUUCUACGCUUCACCAGUGGGGAGACGCUUUACGAAACACAAAGCUGCGUUUGAAAGGUCCCAGUAAAGUUACGGCUAAGUCCCAGAGGCAGAAAAGCAAAUUCGUUUCUCCGCAUCCGGAUCCAUCUUCUCCCUCUUCUUCGACGGAGACUUCAUCGGGUGGCAGCGAGAAUCAGGUGUCCGAUGAGCAUCAUGUGACAGUUCGGACAACUGAAGCUGUGACGCUGUUGAUGCAUGCACUGGAGACCCACGCACUCGAAGUUGAUUUUGUCUGGAUUCUUGACAAGGAACCGAUUUCUCGAAAGAAACUGAAAUCGUCGAUCCUUUUUGACGGCCCCGAAGAGUCGAGUUAUCAGUUAGCUGAUGCCGAGGAAAUAAAAGUAGAAACAGAAGGAAAGGAGGAAACUCAGGGGCAGCCUGUACGCGUAGAAGGCGCCCUACUCACCUUCAGACCUGCAGGUGGAGAACAAGCUGAUAAUGAUGGCAUUUUGGUGAUGCUUCGUCACUCAACAGCUCACACGAAGUCGCAGCCGCUACCAGAUGUGGCAGGAACCUGUCGCCUGAUACGCCGGGCAUUCACCCUGUUCGUUCGCCGAUUCACUUUCCCUCAGCCGAGAACAACGGUGUCUCUCUCCUUUUUGAAACUCGCACCCGAUGUAACUCCUCCGACGAACAUUGAUGAAGUCGUGAUCUACCCAGAGGAUCUGGUUCGGACACGCUGGACGGUGCAGCGAGUCAUGGGAAGAGACGACGAGGCGGCCGACCUCAAAGGACUUCAAUUGCGCGAGCUCGGAGGGAUAAAGAAAACCAUUUUGCUGCUGUCUCUCCAGUUCCACAGUCGCCAGUGA